GGAUUGUUUCUGUAAUAUUUGGCAACCCUGCGUCAGCAUUGCUCGCCUUGUGGAGAAGUGCUGUUGAGGUGAAACAAACUUGAGAAAAAAUGGCAGUGUUUUGCAGAUCAGCUGUUUCAGUUUUGAAACCAGUCAACUUACUGCCGUUUGCACCUGCAGCUAUUCGACAGUGCAGCUCAGGUGGACAGUAUCAGUAUAUACUGGUUGACAAAAAAGGUGAAAAGAAGAAUGUUGGUUUCAUACAGUUAAACAGGCCCAAGGCCUUGAAUGCUCUCUGCGAUGGCCUAAUGCUUGAAGUGGGUAAGGCCUUGGACACCUUUGAACAGGACACUGAGGUUGGUGCAGUAGUCAUCACAGGCAGUGAACGAGCUUUUGCAGCGGGUGCUGACAUUAAAGAAAUGCAGAACAGAACUUUUCAGGAGUGCUUCAGUGGCAACUUUUUGGCACACUGGAACAAAGUAUCAACGGUUAAAAAGCCAGUUAUAGCUGCUGUAAAUGGAUUUGCUCUUGGAGGAGGUUGUGAGUUGGCUAUGAUGUGUGACAUAAUCUAUGCUGGAGAAAAAGCACAGUUUGGACAACCUGAAAUCUUAUUAGGAACCAUUCCAGGUGCUGGUGGUACUCAGAGGCUCACUCGGGCAGUGGGGAAGUCACUGGCCAUGGAGAUGGUCCUUACAGGAGACCGGAUAUCAGCACAGGAGGCCAGACAAUCUGGUCUUGUAAGCAAAGUGUUUCCUGUGGAUCAGCUGGUAUCUGAAGCAGUCAAAUGUGGGGAGAAAAUCGCAAGUAAUUCUAAAUUGGUGUCAGCUAUGGCAAAGGAAGCUGUCAAUGCAGCUUUUGAACUGACCCUGACUGAAGGCAGUCGCUUUGAGAAGAGAUUAUUCCAUGCCACCUUUGCUACAGAGGACAGAAAAGAGGGCAUGAGUGCAUUUGUUGAGAAGAGGAAAGCUGAUUUCCAGGACAAGUAAAGGAUCUGAUCAGAGGGGUGUGAUUUCCCCCCCCCCCCCCCAACAAACAAAAAUAAUACACUAAUAUAUUGGCUUAUGAUCCAGUGCUGUUACUGAAAGACUGCUAUAGGUAUCAAACCCACAGAACAUCUGUUGUUUGAAAGAACUGCCAGAAACUGAAAUCAGUAGUACAAUACUUACAUUUUCCUUUCUUUCCAUCAAAACAUAUGAUUAUUUGAGCUGAGCUGUUUUGCUACUGUUAUUGAAUAAAUUCCGAUCUCUGGGGAUUAAACUGGUGACAUUACAAAUCCUUGAGUUGGGUUCCUGUUUCUAAUGCGUUUCAGGUUGAUUAAAUAUUUAGACAGAAAUUUGACGUAAAGAAUAAAUUUAACACUUGACAGGAAGAAAGUUAUUGGUCCGUACUAGAGUAAUGAAAAGACCUGGAGACCUGAAAUCUCAGUGAAAUGGCUUGGGAAUGUGGGUCAGGGUGUACUUACAGUUUUUACCCACUAGGUGGUGAUGAUGGCACUAUACAGCCCUGUAGAAGUCCAGCACUAAUGUUUCCCUUCAGAAGUCUGGUGGAAGAGGACAGAAAAUACCACUGAAGUUUGGCAGAUAUUAGGAAGAACAUCUAUUCAGAGCUUGUUCACUCGCCACACUAAAUUCCCUUCUAAAUAUAUUCCUAGUUUUAAGCUUUUAGGCUUAAUGGGCAUUUCAUGUGUAGGCUGGAGUUCUGGAUCUGCGGGUUUCUCUUGAUCCAAUGGCUGAUAUUUUUGAGAAAUGUGGUGUUACGUAGGAAAAUGUAAUAACAAGUGGAGAAAGUUUGUGUCCGAGUAGUAUAUACAUUUUUUUGCUUUUGUUCAGUAAAUAAACAUACAUUUGUGAGUAUAAACUUGAUUAAAAAUGUCACAUAUGUGCAAAAA